CAUGUUUAUUACAUGCUCUGACCAGGGUAUAUAAGCCUCCUUCUACACAUGCUGGCAUUCACACUCAGGAUCUUGCCUGAAUAGCAAAUCAACUCACCACUCCUGACACCAUGAGUUACUACGGCAGCUACUACGGAGGCCUGGGCUAUGGCUGUGGAGGCUUCGGUGGCCCGGGCUAUGGCUAUGGCUGUGGAUGUGGCAGCUUCUGCAAACGGGGUUAUGGCUGUAGCUAUGGAGGCUACGGAUAUGGCUGCUGCCGCCCAUCAUACUAUGGAGGAUACGGAUUCUCUGGCUCUUAUUAAAUGAAUUGUUGAAAUUGGAAGCAGAGGAGAAACCUCCAAAUGUGUUUGGUCCUGUCCUGUGCUUGCAUUCCAGAAAAUCCAUUCUGUUGUCUUCACCAUCAAUGGACAGAUAUUUAUCAAUGGUUAAGCUGCUUCUAUGAAUACUAGUUGUUUUUUUACUUUCGGAAUCCGUCACCUGAAAUCCUAUUCAUGUAUAGCCACUCUAGUUUGUUCUCCUAAAUUUGCUUUGUUUUUCUUACCACCAUUACCAUCAUGUUAUCUAUCAAGAUCCUAGCAAAAACUUGUAUUUUGCUUUUAUCUAAUACAUGAAUUAAAGUAUAAAUAUUUU